UUCCAAUUCCACCUCUUGCUGCAUCCUCAAUUUGUCUGACUGACUAAUCGCUAUUUCGCCAUCACUGCUAUUGCAAAUCGCUGCACACAUCUACCACUUAUAUAACCCUCCUCAGUUCUUUUAAAGAGCCUUAUUACACCGCAACCCAACUGACAUCCCUCUAUCAGUUCUUUUAAAGAGCCUUGUUACACCGCGAAUAACCGGCCUCGGGCCCCCCAGUCGCAACCAUUUCGUUCUUCAGAGCCUUCUUCACGCGCGCCUCCAGCCCAGCAACCAUGUCCGCUACACGCACCAAGGUUCAGAGCAUCAUCGACGAGAACCCCGUCGCCGUCUUCUCCAAGUCCUACUGCCCGUACUGUCGAGCGGCGAAGCAGCUGUUGAGCGAGAACGGCGCAAAAUAUUUCGCGAUCGAGCUCGACCAAGUCGAUGAUGGCUCGGCAAUCCAGUCCACGCUCGCAGAGAUGACCGGCCAGACGACCGUGCCCAACAUCUUCAUCAACAAGAAGCACAUUGGAGGCAACUCGGAUCUGCAGGCAAAGAAGGCCGAGCUACCCGCGCUGCUCAAGGAGGCUGGCGCGAUCUAAUGAAGCACCGCAACGGACG